AUGGAGAAUUGUUGGCGGUAUAAUGUCGUACUAACACUGUACUUGCCACUGAUCGCAAUUUUAACGAUCACACAAUCAAAAGGUAGAGAACUCCGGCCAUCGGAACAUGGGCUACCACACCAGCAAACACUAGCAACAACGAAACAAAACGACCCAGAAAUGCUCUCCUUCUUUUCCGCAGCAGCCCCGAAUGUGCCUUUGCCGGAAGCAAGAAACACGAGCGACCAAUCAUGGUGGAGCACCACCGUUGGCGGCGGCGGCAGUGGUGGUGGUCGUGGUAGUGGUGGUGGUGGGGAUCAUGUGAGGAGAGCGUUGUUGGUGGCCAGCUUGGUGUGUGGAGUCACGGGUGUCGUUUUGCUGGUUGUCGCGGCAUAUGUUUAUGUCUUUCGGUUUAAAAAGCAAAAGAGAUCAUCUUCAACACCAUCAUCUGACAAGUAG